AUGGCCAAGUACGAAGACCUGCCUCCAGAAGUCGUCAUCAGAGUCGCUACUUGCCUGACUUCCAAAGGCGAACAUGUCCGCGCAUUAGCAAGAUGCUCGCAGGUCUGUAAAAGUACCUAUGCUACGAUUCAGGGGGCACAGGAGCUUUGGAGGGCUGCCUACAUCACCUAUUGGAUCUUCGAAUCGGCUGGCGUCCGUGGAAGGACGUCAGACCUCUACAAUCGCAAGGAUCCUCAAGUGUCUCACGGCUGUACGCCAGCCCUUGAGGCCGACUUGCCGCGAACAGCAUUCUACAAGCGCCAGCGCGUUGACAUUGAAGUAGUCCACCAUGUCAACACGAUGAUUCGCGGCACAGGUGGAUACACAGAUCAAGCGGAAGCUUUGAUGAAGAUUGGCAUGAAUGCAGCAGAUAUGAUUUGCAGAGUGCGUUUGGCCGCGGCUGGUUCGGGAGAUUAUGAAGUCAAGCGUUUGUGUGAGGAGCUUCUUCAUGGCAUCAGCUCGUCGCUUGGUGACCGUCUCCUCACGCAAAUCUGCACUAGGCCCAAGAUAGCACCCUGGCGAGACCAAAUUGGCGUGGCUGCCGAAGCGCUGGAUGGCUUGUUUGCAGUCGGCGCCUACCAUUAUUUUGGCGCAGUGCGCCCGGAAUUGGACCUCGAGUACCAUAUCAAGUUCAUGGCCGACGAUGUUUUGAAAAAUUGGCCGCAUGAAAGGGACUGCAAAUACGCAAAGGACAUCACCAAAGAAUGUGUUUGCCUAGAAAGUGUCGACGGACCUGGAGCCUUCCGCGCAGUAGAAAAAGCUUUAUGCGAUUACAAUAUCACUUUAAUCGACCCAAGCUCCAGUAACUCUAAGCACCCCACAAGCAACUUCCUCGGAUACACGCUCGAAUUUGAGCUAUCGGCUUCUCCAAUAGUUGUCGUCUGCAUCUUCUGCGCGGUGGCAAGACAGCUUGGCUUAAUCACUCAACCAAUCGACUGGGCAAUACACGUUGUGGCCAGUAUGACCUUCAAGGAGAAUGGUGUGAAGAUCGAAAAGUAUUGGUCUCCUUACGUUUCUGGAGACGGUUCUCCAGUUGGCGAGAUCUACACUCGAGAGGAAAUGAUAUACGCCGUGCGCGAACGUUGGGGAUGGUCGUACAAGAAGGCGAGCAAUGCCCUGAAGCCGCCUCUGCACGGCAUAGACGCUGCGAGACGGACUGUUCAAGGCAUAACGGAAUGCUUGGACGCUGCAGACAGGCCCAACGCAGACUUGACGUUCUACAUGUCAAUGUUGAAGACCACUCAUCGGUGCGGCCAAGCGCUUGUUGUAGAGCCGCAUGUCUUUGCGGAGUUGCUGUGCAUGGGGGACCUCCCGACUCUCUCGGCCUGGAUUCCGGAAAUACGUGAUAUGGCACGACGAGGUGAGUACGGAAAGUCCUCGGCCGACAGGGCACUUCGUCUUCUGAAGGAUGCACGGAUCAGUAUGAAUAAGCCCAUCGAGAUUGCACCACGCAAUAAGCCAGCUAGGCCGAUUCGGUAUGCCAUCGGAUCCAUUGUCAGGCACCGCAAGCACAAGUACGCCGGCAUCAUCUUUGCACAUGACGAAGACUGCAAGAAGAGUGUGGACUGGCAACAGGACAUGCGCAUACACAAGCUGAAAGGCGGUGGUGCCGACCAGCCAUUUUACGAAAUCAGGACGUCGGAUGGCCAACACAUGUAUAUGCCCGAGGUCAACGUUGAGUUGAUGACUUGCCCUCGCUGUGGCGAUCGAAAUGCCUUGCCGACCCAGGGACCGACUCCCUUGACAUCGGAGCUAACUGCUCUAUAUAAGAAGUUCGAGGACUCCCUAGAUUCCACCGCCGGACAAUACAUCUCUCAAAAGAAGAAUUCCGGUAAAUGUGGCUUCAUGCCAAGUCACCUGGCGCAACACAGAUUUACUGCACCUACGUGGCCAGCUAUGCCGUAUGCUUGCAAGGUCCUUGACCAGGGCCUUGCUUUUUGUGCUCGAUAG